ACUAAGCCACUCGUGAAUUUUACUACGCGUCGGAAUGUCUAUAAAUUGGAAUUGAUUGGUCAUGCAGCGAGACCGUCCGUCAGGCAGUCAGUCAUGCAGGCCGAGAGAACCGGAUGCCACGCUGCAUUUUUACGUUGUGACUGAACCACACCCGCUCCAAUCGUGCCCCUUGUUGAAUGAACCACGCCGCAAAAAGGCUUUUCCUUGGUGUUAGAGCUAGGACCGCAUGGGGAUUUUUCUCUGCCUGGGGAGACAUCAACUCGGUUCUGUCGAUUUUUGUUGUGAAAAAGGAACACUGAUAGUUUAAGUUUGUGUAUUCAUGAUUUGAAUAUUUAAUGGAAAAAUUAAUUUUCUGAAGGCAGAUGUAAAUUGUAUGCAUUUCAGGAGAAACGGAAAACUUUCCUCUAUAUCUGUUGUGGCCCAGUGUUCCAAUGAAAUCUAUUUUAUGGUUUAAAUUACAGAUGUGACUCAAAGUACAAAAAUGUUGUGAUAGAACGGCCAGUAUACAGAAGUAAUUGAAAGCAACUCAAAAGACAUCAAGACAGUGCAGUUGUAAUAUAGACAAAGUGCUACAGCAAGUAUUUGACGUAAAUAUACAAAUAAGGAAAGUAGAAAUCACAAGAGGGGAAAAUGGCAUCGGUUGGAGGGUUAAGUGUGUACUCAGGCUACUCACGGGGAACCAGAAGGCCUUCCUACUCCUCGACUUUCUUUCCGCCUGUCGUAGAGAAAGUCUAUUCAUAUGUCCACUCAUCACCGGCGAUGGUCAAUUCUGGAAUCAUCGCCUUUGUUGCAACAAUAUUCUUUGUCAUUUCCUUCACAAGCCCAUACUGGCUCCAGUCAUACGCCUACACAUACAGUGACUUCAACAACAUGGGCCUGUGGGAGUUCUGUUUCAAUGGCUUCCGUUAUCCUAAGUACCAGUUUGACUACAAAUUCACCGGAUGCAACUACAUCUUCUCAGAUGAAUACAGAAUCAUCUGGUCAUGGAUGUUACCAGCCUGGUUAAUGGCAGUGCAGACCUUCAUGACUAUAGCCCUCUUGGCAAGCAUGACCACACUGGUGAUAGUGAGCCUUGUUUUGGUGCGAUGGCCUCUGCAGUUUGUCAUGCGUUAUGAAUGGCAUCUCACAGGCUUUGCAUUCUGCUGUCAGGCUGCUACAACUGUGUGCAUCUUCUUUGCGGUUUUGGUGUUUGGGGUGAUGUGCUGGUCGCGCCACUGGCUUCUCAACCCCAAUUUCAACUAUCUGUCUUGGUCAUAUGCCUUUGCUGUUGUGGCUGGCGGUAUCCAUGCCUUUGCUGGCUUGACCCUUCUACAUGAGACAUAUGAAGCAAGGGAGAGGAAGCGGCAAGUGAGCAACCUGAUGCACAUGGAACCACAGGGCCAGAUGGGCAUGGGCAUGGGCAUGAUGGGGCAGGGUUACAUAUAAAAGCCAAAGAAUAAUAAGGAAAGCAGGAUAUCUAUUGCCUUUGGUGAAAGAAGUAUCCAGUAGCCAAAUGUAUUUUGGCAUAAUCACAGAAAUGUGAAAACACUUCCAAUUGGAGAAGACUAGGUAAGAAAUUGGGAUGGAACUGUGAAUGGGCCCAAUGAUUAGGGACCUGAGAAUAUAUUGUGGUCUGACUUUUGCCAAAUUAACAGUAUUCACUGAUACAUUUUAACAUGUACUAAAAAGGUGUUUUUACCUGUGAAUGUCAUUGCCAACUGGAAUAAGAAUUAUUUCUAUUUUCUGUAAUACUCUCAUUACUUUGCCUUCCACUAUGAAACAGAACUGAGUGCUUUACAUUUACCUCAUUGGUUUUUAUAGAACUUGCCAAUAUAAUGUUGAAGCUAGAACCAGUAGUGUGUAUUUCUGCCAUGGAAAGAAAAGCCUUUUCAGGGCAGUCUGUAGGAGACCUGUAUAAGAGUCACUUCUGUGUAAAGCUGCACUUGCUCAAGAUGAAUUUUAUUACUGUUGAGAAAUUUCAUUUGCUUUUAGUUUUACCAUAUGUCUGGCACACAAUGUAGUUGAAUAUGCGCCCCCCCCCCCCACACACACACACACGAAACUUUUUUUUUGUAAUUUCAAUAAGAUGACUAUGCACAGAAAUGUUGAUACAAGACUGAACUCCUUAUAGCAAAUGCUAUAUGUUGCAGUCACCCCAGACUAUAGAAACUACCAUA